GCCAAACGAAGACUUUGUUUGGGUCGUUAAGGAUAACUGAUUAAAACGUGUUUGGUAAGGUGUGAACUGAAACAAGCUUGGCUUUGCUCAAUUUCAAGAAGCUCACAAAAAGAUACUAAGAGAGACCGUGAGCUUAAGCUACAGAGAAGAGAUGACUUCAGCUACUGUUGAUUUUGGGAUCGGACGGAUUCUUAGUCUCCUAGAAAACGAGUCCUUGUUGUUGUCAGGAGUCCAUGGCGAGAUUGAGAAGAUGAAGAAGGAGUUGCUUAUCAUGAAGUCCUUUCUCGAGGACAACCAUAAACAUGGUGGAAAUGGAUCCACCACAACAACUCAACUCUUCCAAACAUUUGUGGCAAACACAAGAGAUCUGGCUUACCAAGUGGAAGACAUUACCGACGAGUUUGCCUAUCACAUCCAUGGUUAUCGUAGCUGCACAAAGCUUGGCCGUGCGUUUCAUUUCCCAAGGUAUAUGUGGGCGAGGCACUCGAUAGCUCGGAAGCUAGGAAUGGUGAAUGUCUUGAUUCAGUCCAUUUCUGUAUCCAUGAAAAGGUACUCUCGUUCAGAAAACCAUCAAGGAGCGUCAUCAUCAGUUAUUGAUGAUGACGGUUCCAAGUGGGUGAAUAACAUCAGCGAGUCAUCUCUUUUCUUUAGCGAGAAUAGUCUUGUAGGGAUCGAUGCAGCCAAGGGAAAGCUCAUUGGAUGGCUUUUGAAUCAAGAACCUCAGCGAGUGGUCGUCUCGGUGGUUGGAAUGGGCGGUUCAGGGAAGACUACACUCUCAGCGAAUAUCUUCAAGUCCCAAAGCGUGCGGAGGCAUUUCGAGUCAUACGCUUGGGUGACAAUCUCGAAAUCCUAUGUGAUUGAAGAUGUGUUUAGGACAAUGAUCAAGGAGUUCUACAAAGAAGCAGAAACACAGAUUCCAGCUGAAUUGUACUCCUUAAGUUACAGAGAGUUGGUGGAAAAACUUGUGGAGUAUCUGCAGUCAAAGAGGUACUUUGUUGUGCUUGAUGAUGUAUGGACCACUGGUCUGUGGAGGGAGAUAAGUAUCGCUCUACCGGAUGGUAUUUGUGGAAGUCGUAUUAUGAUCACUACUCGGAGCAAUAACGUGGCUUCUUUCUCGUAUGGCGUUGGGAGCCGAUACCACGAGAUUGAGCUCUUAAAAGAAGAUGAAGCUUGGGUGCUUUUCUGCAACAAAGCGUUUUCUGGAAGUCUUGAGAAAUGCAGAGGGCAAAAUCUGGAGCUGAUAGCACGGAAGUUACUAGAGAGAUGUCAAGGCCUGCCAUUAGCUAUUGCUUCAUUGGGGAGCAUGAUGUCAGCAAAGAAGUUGGAGUCAGAAUGGAAGAAAGUCUACAAUUCUUUGAACUGGGAAUUGAACAACAAUCUUGAGCUCAAGGUUGUUCGAAGCAUUUUGUUGCUUAGCUUCAACGAUUUGCCUUACCCGCUAAAACGUUGUUUCUUAUACUGUUCUCUUUUCCCUGCGAACUAUCGGAUGAAAAGAAAGAGGCUCGUUAGGAUGUGGAUGGCACAAAGGUUUGUGGAACCGAUCAGAGGAGUGAAAGCAGAGGAAGUGGCUGAUAGUUACCUCAAUGCACUUGUUUACAGAAACAUGCUUCAAGUUAUCUUGUGGAAUCCUUUUGGACGGCCCAAAGUGUUCAAGAUGCAUGACGUGAUAAGGGAGAUCGCUCUGUCUAUAUCCAAAGCUGAGAGGUUCUGUGAUGUAUCUAGUAACGACAAUGAUGAUGAUGAUGAUGAUGAUGAUGCAGAAACAACCGAGGAUUACGGUGCUCGCCAUUUAUGCAUUCAGAGAGAGAUGAGAUUAGGUACCGUACGUACAACAAACCUUCACUCUCUUUUGGUUUGCACUAAACACAACAUUAAACUACCACCAAAUCUGAACCUUCUUAGAGCCUUAGACCUUGAAGACUCUGCCAUCAGCAAGCUACCAGAUUGUUUGGUAACUCUGUUCAACUUAAAGUAUUUGAAUUUGUCGAAAACCCAAGUGAAGGAACUCCCAAGAAACUUCCAUAAACUCAUCAAUUUGGAGACAUUGAACACUAGGCACUCCAAGAUUGAGGAACUUCCUCCAGGGAUGUCGAAGUUGCGAAAGUUGCGUUAUCUGAUUACUUUUCGUUGCAACUAUGGACAUGAUUCCAAUUGGAACUAUGUUUUAGGUACAAAGGUUUCUUCUAAUAUCUACCUGUUGAAGGAUUUGCAAGUCUUGGACUGCUUCAACGCAGAAGCUGAGCUUAUCAAAAAGCUCGGAAACAUGACUCAACUCAGAAGAAUAAGCCUUGUCAUGAUAAAAAGAGAACACGGAAGUGACUUGUGCGAGUCACUGAAUAAGAUUAAAAGACUCAGAUUCUUAUCUCUGACGUCCAUUCAUGAAGAGGAACCGUUAGAGAUAGACGGACUGAUAGCAACUGCAAGCAUUGAGAAACUCUUUCUUGCAGGGAAACUGGAAAGAGUGCCAAGUUGGUUCAGUUCUCUUCAGAACCUUACCUAUUUGGGUUUACGCGGAUCUCAGUUUCAAGAAAACGCUAUUCCCUAUAUCCAAGCGCUUCCUAAAUUGGUAUGGCUUUCAUUUUACAAUGCAUACAUGGGACCUAGAUUGUGCUUUGCUGAAGGGUUUCAGAAUCUGAAGAUUCUAGAUAUAGUUCAGAUGCAAAAUCUUGCAGUAGUUGUUAUAGAAGAUGGCACAAUGCUUGGGCUUCAGAAACUUUAUGUCAGAGCUUGCAGAGGGUUAGAGUCGGUACCAAAAGGAAUUGAGAAGCUUAUGAAUCUUCAAGAACUCCAUUUGAGUCAUGUUUCUGAUCAGCUAGUUGAGCGGAUUCGUGGAGAAGGGAGUGUAGACCGGUCAAGGGUUAAACACAUUCCUGCCAUUAAGCAUCAUUUCAGAACUAACAAUGGCUCUUUCUACGUCAGCCUCUCAUCGUGAGUGGCUAGAGAAGCUAGAUCUACACAUGUGUGCUCUUAUGUUUCAAGUUUAUUGAAAAUCAAGCAACCUGAUGCAGGAGGCAAAAGGAAACAGCAAAGCUACUUCCAAAAAGCGUCGCUAUGAUGUAAAGUGAAAACACGUUGACAUCUCGAGGAAUCUGUGUGAGCCGUGAGGAAUGAAAAAGGAGAAAACGAGAUAUGAUGAAUGAUUACUCUCUCAAUUUACAAAGCCUAAUGUUUUUAGUAUAUAGAGAAACUGUGACAUUGCCAAUUUGGAAAAAAAAAAAACUUGCUGGACUUGAAUAAUCGUUCU